AUGUGUAAUAUUAACCAACAGCUCAAGGUGACACAGUUAUCAAAUUUUGUUCCUAUGAAUGAAAAUAAAUAUGAUGAGGAGGUUGAAUGUUACAGAUUAAAAUUAGAAAAAGCUUAUAAAUUAUGUAGUCCAUGCAAAAAAGUACUACAAAUAAAACUGCACAAAGAAAAGGAGACCUUAUUGGGUUCGAAGCUUUUAGAAAUGAGGACACCAGAGAAAAAACUCCAAAAAUCUGCAAGAAGAAAUGAAUUUUGUAAAAAUGUUAUUAACAAUGCAUCAAAGCUGAUAGCAGGAGUGCUUAUAGUGUUAGUGAUGAUCGAAUGCUAUGAAAAUGCUUUGAAACACAAGAGUUUAUCAUAUACAUUAAAUUAUAUUAAAGAAAUGUUAAACAAUAUAUUACAAAGAAUAGUCUCUAUAGUCAGAAUGAAGACAUUCCUCACAUUCCCAUCUCUAGAGAAACAUUUUACGGACAUAGAUAACAUAGAUAUAUUUACAAACUUCGACAGCGGUCUUAAUGAUUUGACACAGAAAGCUUUAGGCGGCUUUGUAUGUUUUAUACAGAUUGUUGGACAUUUUUGGAAUAUAAAUAAAUCAAAUUAUAGUGUGGUCAUUGACUUACUGUGGUCUCUAUUUGUUAUUACAUCGAUUGUUAAUGGACGUGUAGAUGUAGACCCAUUGAUUAUGAGCUUAUUAAAAUUAUCGAGUACUCUGGCAGUAUUGCUUAUUUAUAUGAACAUGAAAGAAAAGACAUUUAGAAAUGUGACAAGAAAAAUUAACACACCAAAGAGCGGUACAAAAUUACUGAGAGGCACAAAAAGUAUUAAUGACGAAGAAGAUAACAUAUCUUUGGAUACUGAUGAUGAUGUAUCUCUUAGUAAAUUUGGUUUACACAACUUCACAGACUCAUCAAAUGAUACGCUUAGUCCUUUAAGUGGUUUGAUAAGUGGCAGGUCGUUCACCCCCAGGAGUGACAGUCUUUGGAGUAAACCAAACAUAAACACAGCUUACACAGUUAACUCUGCAUUAACUAACUCACCAAAAAGCAUUUCAGAAUCAGUUUUCAUGAAGCCAUCAUUCAACAAAUAUCAAAAAAUCAAAGACGAAUCCGAUUCUGAUCUAGACGAAAGUAUAAAUUCAUUGUGCAUAAGCAGUCCUAAAAAGAAGAGCCGGAAAAUUAACCCGGUUUUCGCUCUGAGAAAGUUCACUGCGUCUCCGAAUUUUAUAAUUCCGACAGCCCAAAAUCAUUCGAGGCCAUUGAUAUCACCAAGCAAAUUGGGCCACAGUACGUCCUGGGUGGCCGGGGGCUACUGGGGCAAUGACGGGCAGAUAUUUAACGUGAACGGGAGCCGGUCUUCCAGUCAAAGUUCAGGGUUCGAGUCCCAGUCGUCGAGUAUGAAUCAACGGAACGUGUUCUCACCGCCGUCGCGCGAGGACUCCGUGUGUGGUGAAGACAGAACACUCUUGAUGGAUCGCUUCACUAACAACACUAACACUAUGAACUGCUUCAACUAUCCAAACCCAAGCUUCACGCCCAUCACGACGCCAGUGUUCCCACAGAUGCAGUACAACAGUCACGUACAAAUACCUCAGCCGAGAUUCGCUCAGCAGACCUUCGUAUCGCCGAACGUUUUCGCCCAGCAGUUAUCUCCCAACUCUACAUUCAAGGCCCCCAGCGGGUCCCGACUGAUCAAACUGCCCACAGACAACUUCACGGCCCGCUGA